CUGAGUCGCACUCCCAUCGUUUGCAAGCUACACCACUUUUGCCGCGAUUGGCGAGCGCUCCUGGCUGGACGCUUGUGUUACGCGCAACUUCCCUCCGCGGGUGGUGGGCCUAGAAGCUAAACACCGUAACACAAUGACAGGCCAGCAGCAGUAUUCCCUAAGAUGGAACGAUUACACCAGCUACAUUACGGGUGCGUUCGAUGCACUGCGCUACGAGGAGGAUCUGGUGGACGUGACGCUGUUUUGCGAAGGCCGCAAGAUUCGUGCCCACAAGGUGUUGCUGUCGGCGUGCAGCACCUACUUCAAGGAGAUUUUCAAAGAGAACCCAUCACAGCAUCCUGUGAUCAUAUUUAAGAACGUCAAGUUCACCGAUCUGAUGUCGCUGGUGGAAUUUAUGUACCAGGGUGAGGUCAGCGUUUUGCAGGAGUCGCUUCCCUCGUUUCUCCACACGGCGGAGAUGCUAUCGAUUCGGGGACUGGCCGAUACCAACAAUGAGCAGCAACAGCAGCAACAACACCAUCAUCUACCGGAUCAGCCGACCUCGACCCUGGCGCAGCAGAUAUUGCAGACCCAGUCACAAAAUAUGGCCACCAGCGCUACCAUCACGACCACGGAACCCGUCUACUUUACGCUCCCGUCGAGCUCCACUAUCGUACCGCAGACGAAACUCGAGACCCAGCCAUCCACAGCGGCAGCUCUUCAGACCUCUCAGCAGUUUGUUAAUAAAAUCACACUCAAAUCCAGCGAUAUUGCGACCGCCGUGGCCGUUCCGAUUGGUCAACCACAAACUCAGCAACAACAACUGGCAAAGCUACAAGUAAAGCCUGAUCCUCCCGUAGUAACGGCCGUCCCGCAGCGCACCGUCGGUGCAGGACCAACGACGCAAGGCCAGGUCCAAACCAACCAAACUAAUCAAGCGGCCACACUGCAGGAGUUGGUGGAUAGCGUCGUUACGUCGGCGCGACCAAAAAAACCGAGGCGCAUCGUGAAGGCGAAGGCGCAAACGGUCAAGCAACCGGUCGCGGGAACCUCGAGAGGCAACGUCUCCGGUAACACCCGGACCAAUUACAGCGAAACCGGAAACCAAUCGGACAACGGAAUGGAACUUUACAGCGACGGACAAAGCGGGCAGGAGCAUGAUCAGGUAACGACGUACACGGACUCGGUGCACUCCACUAACAAUGAUGUGAAAAUUCAAAUAUCGGAGUACAUCAACGUGGGAGAAGGCCUAAAUGCGGCUAGUGGCGACAGUGGGUCCUACACGCAGCAGGAAGGUUACGAGUUGGUUGGGGAUCCCAUCGCCGACCGACCGGAAGGAGACGAGCACAUGGGACAGAGCUGCUUCGAAAUGGAAAUUGUUGAUAUGGACGGUAUGAACGGCAUGUUUCCGGACGAUGGAGCGACGGAGGAACCAAAAGUGAAACGAGAAAUGGCGGAUGAGAGUGCUGGAAGUUCCAAGGACGAAGCAAAGAAAUUCAAGUGCAAGGAGUGUGAGAAAUCGUUCGCCACCUGGAAAUCGCUGGCGAUGCAUCGCCAUAUUCACAGUGGUAAUACGAAGUGCAAAAUUUGCGGCGCGGUACUCUCACGUACCGCCAAUCUCAAACGGCACAUGAAGUUGAAGCACGAACCCUAA